AUUAGAAUUCUUGUUUUUAAAAGGUUAAGAUGAAGGUUUUAAUAUUUCUUGUUGUAGUGUUUCUUGCUGAAAGCUAUGAAUUUACUCUUAACGAAGCUAUUGCUAAAACAAUAGAAACGAAACUCGAACCAGCCCCAUUCGAUCUACCAAAUCCGGAAAUUAAUCGAUCUGGAAGAAUUUUUCAAGGAUCUAGAGCUGCCACUGGUCAGUUUCCACAUUUUGCUUUGAUUUUCAGUAAUCGCAUUUCUUCUACUUCCAUUUGCGGAGGUGGAUUGAUAGCAACAAAAUGGGUUUUAACUGCCAAGCAUUGCGUGAACGAUGCAAUUUCAAUUGAACUUCGUUUUGGAUUAACAACUCAAAACAAUUACGAACAGAAGAUUUGGGGAAUUAAAGUAGCUAGAUAUGAAGAUGCUGACUUAGCACUUAUUGAAUUGCAAUAUGAAACCAAAAUCACAAACUUAGUGAAGCCUGCACUUCUUCCAAGAAAAUCUGAAAGUCAUAACAUGCUUGAAAAUCGACUAUCAACGAUAUGUGGCUUUGGCAGAGUUCGUUCAGAUGUAGCUGGAGCUUCUAACGUUUUGAACUUUGCUGACAUGGAUAUUUUACCUCAUGAGAAAUGUGUUGAAUAUUAUGGCACAUUCAGAACUGCAUUCCUUUGUGCUAAAGGCCAUAACUCGCUGUCUUCACCAUGUCCAGGCGAUAGCGGUUCACCUCUUGUUAUUAAAGAAAACAACGAUUAUGUUGUUGUUGGUGUUGUGUCAUUUGGUGCCGGCGGUGGCUGUGAUUUUGGUUUUCCAGUGGGCUUCGGUAGAGUAUCAUUACAACUCGAUUGGAUUGUUUAUUAUACUAAAAUCACAUUACGGGAAUAGUGGAACAAAACUAUCCAACUUGGAUCUUUUCUUUGCUUUUGUAUCUUAAUCUUUUCAAAUUAAUUAAACCUUUAAAAUAGCUACUUUGUUAGAACACAAAUAAGAAUCGCAACAGAACCAUUAAAACUGUAAAAUAAUAUAAAUCGGUAGUUUUGAUCAACAAACUUUGUGUUUAACCUUCAUGGCUGUGUCGAUGAUUUUUAU